AUGGGAACUGACCCAGACGGGCUUUGGUUCUCAACCGACUUCACUGCAGGGGACAUUGCUGUGCUCACAGAUGCAGGGGUUCAGUUUGAGCAAUAUGUCUUCUUUGACACAGUAGACCACAUGCGCACCUGCCCCUUCAAUGCUGAGUGGAGUGUGAUCGAUGCCAUUCAGGACGCAAUGCACCGUUCACGAGCGGGCCCCAUUGGCCGCAUCAGAAUCCUCAACACCCCUUUCGCUGCCCUCCCGAGGCUUCAGAUUGUCCUCGAGCCGGCAGGCAUCGCACCGGACUGGGUCGUACUGCCCAUAGAUGCAAGGGGCUCCAGCGGUGUGUUCUGUUGUGUGCAGGCCCCCUUUGCAGCCACAGGUUUUGCCCAUGUAUACCAGGCCACACAGGCCUGCCCGGCCAUUCCGGAGGCGGCACAUAGGCUGGUUGCUAGAGGGCUUUGGCAUUUGCAUAGAGGCGACGGCACAGAUGUCCAACCGAUGGACGCUUCCGUCUUGGACAGAGAUGCAACGCUAAUACUUGAACCAGGCCGACCUGAUCGCACUGUGGUACUGGGCAGUUCCUCCAGCUCCACCAAUAUGGAUACUCCAUCGAGUAGCACCACCGCUUCUUCCGGUGAAGGGCCCCUCGACCGGAGCACCCCCUUCUGCACUUUCUUCCGUACGGUUGAACAAGAAGAGGACAUACAGGUGGCCUUCCAUGCCGCAGGGCAUCACCCAUGGCAGUGGGCCUUCUCAAAGCUUGUCACCCCAGAAAUGCUUGCACAGCACGCAGCCCGGCGGCUUUACGACACCACUGGUCAUGCCGCAUGGAAAAUCAUUUUCAUGCCAAGCCAACCUAUCGUCCACGGGGUGCAUUUGCAUGUGCUGGUUGUGCCGAUAGGGUCUGCGGAUAAGGUUUUCCUUUUUGACACCCGCCGCAUCUUCGGGCAUGACAUUCGUAACUUGCACCUGCUACAGGCAGACGCAAGUGAUGCCGACGCUCGCAGUGGUGUUGUAACGGCGGCAUAUGAUUGCCUGUUGCGUGUGGGCCUAGCUGAGCAGAACUGGUCAUUCCAUGUCACGGCACUAAGUAAUGCUGCUUUGGCCGUGCCUUCCAUGGAUGGGCUCACCAGUGCAGUCGAGGACACACUGCACGUGAUCUCGCAGCGGACGCUAGCGAGGUUGGGUGUACCCUCCAGCACGACCGUAGGGUUCAUCUUUGAGACAACACUGGAGGGCGAGGGCGAGCUACAUGUAGUCCUGCACCAACUCACCCAACAAGCAAUUGCACAGAAUGCAAUGCCUGCAGGCUACUCCAUCGCAGCGUCCCUGACACAGCCAGCUGCGCGUGCUGCACAGCGGGAGCUUCUCUUCUUCGCCGUGCCCCCUAAGCCCGACCCAGUGUUCAGCUUCGUCUGGGUUGACCUGCUUAACGUCAGGGCACUCUAUGCCAAUGCACAUCGGUGGGACGGGCCGAGACAGAUGCACGAUGGCGAUCUUGUUGCGGCGUCUUUUGCGCGCCAGGCACCCGACUCUAGAGCACCUGACACCAUCGCGCACUCCCUCUAUGGUAUGCACGCUGCAUGCAUCCCCCUCCCCCUUCCCACUGGAAUCAAUAGACGGAGCCACCCGGCGCUCAACUUGGAGACUGACUCGAUUUUCCACUGGGAAUCGUCCAUCAGUGCCAGGCUCCGGUCAUUGGGGUUUAGCAGGGGUCGCACUUACUUUGUGGUUGUAGGUCCCGGCAUCGCGCACACUGCUUCUGUUGGGACGGACAGACCCACCCUAGAGGCAGUUGCUGACUGGGUCGAGACAUGGUUGGGAGGAAGGGUGCCUCCCAUGCGACUCUACGACGCCAGAGCACAGCACAAGGGUCGAUGGGUCUUUGUUGCUGUACCGGGCUUUAAUGACCCCCAGGAUAAGUUCGUUGCCAUCAACACGCAAUUGGCUGACCUAGCAGCCUACUUGAUCCCGCACGGGGCGAGCCCGGAUGAGAUGGCCUGCAUUGCUCCUUUCGAGCAGGCAUUGCAAGGCAGACCCAGGGUCGGAAUGGCAUACUAUGCCCCAUUCUGGAAUGCGGCCUACCCAGCACAAGCACCCAGCACUGCGAGCGGCCGGGAAUCCCUUUCGCAGAUUGAUGCAGACAGCGGCACCACUCAGACCACCACACAAGCCAUCCUGCCCAGCACUUCGGUCACCACCACUGCCGUUCUUUCACCGCCGAACCGGCUCUUUGUGUCCAUUGUGUCAGGGGGGACGAUUGCUUGCCAGGAACUUCGUCAAGUCAAUCUGGUCUCGCUGUCCCGGGUUAUUGCUGAACUGCUCUACACACAUUGUGAGCGAAACAGCGGGCGCAGGCACGGGGUGCUCCGCUUGGUGCAAGCUCUCCCGCGGCACUCAGACACAUACGCUGAACUGCUUCUCAUAUGGCAUCCCCUCGAUUUUGACAUACACGUUGUCAUCGAUUGCCGGGCUCUGGGGGGGGGCCUUUCGCAUGAGGCAACUGAUCCCGAUGCCGAUCCAGCUCAGCUGAUCAGACCUGAAUACAGGCUCGAAGACAUUAGGAUUUUCAUCAACGGUAUCCCCCAUGCACUCUUCCACGGACCGUUACAAGACGGAGACCUCAUUGCGGUCUUUCGUGCUGUGCCCAACGUACCGGCCGUCCCCCGGUCCGCCUUUUUCAGGAAGUGGCCGGCUCUCGGGCUUCUGGGUCUUGACAUUGAAACGCCGAACUUGCAGCAUGUGCCUGCCACACCGCAUGCCCUGUUUGCGGCCUUCUGUCAAUGCACGCGCGAUGCUCUCGACAACCAUGCCAUCAGGCUGGGACACUGGAUUGUGCCGGGACGGCAGGCUAUCGUGCACAACCGCAACCUCGGAGACAUCUUGCUCUACGUGCAAGGCCGGCUCCCUGUAGGGAGAGAACAGGUAGUCGAAGCACUUCGCCUCAUCACUACCUGGCAGGACAUCCACGAGGUAACUGAUACGCGGCAUAUGUCGCUGGAUGCAUCAGUCUUCGUUGCGCGCGACCCCUUCGAACGCCGCUCAGUUUUUCACCUGAUCCCAGUACCGUAUAUGCCACAAAUGCAACUGCUUUGGCCGACUGCUCCCGGCCUCCUUGCAAGUGCACAUCUCCUGCCUGCGCAGCCGCACCUACAAGUUGAGAGCACUGAACAGCCCCUCAACGGACAUGUGCAUACACUGCGCAGGAGAGACCUAGCAGAGCCGAGCGAGGGCACCAGUCUGGUGCAAAUACAGCGCAGUAGCAUUGCACCCCGCCAGCGCCCCCGCCCGCCCUGCGCAGAUCUGAAGGAUGAUGCACCCGCCGGCAGAGUAGCCCUUUGCCUUCAGGAGUUCCGCCUCCCCUCCAGCCCCCCUUUUGGACCUGCCGAGGUGGGCAGCAGUGCCCCCCCCCCCUCCCACGGCAAACACGCCCCUGAAGGACUGAGACAACAGGUGGCUACCCCGCUAGGCAGACGCACGAUUGCAACCUCGGCCACUGGCACGCCUAUAGCGCUCUGCAAGGCUGUUCCGGAAACGACUACAGCCGAGGAUGUUAUGCAUAAGGCCUUCAAGGCACUCAGCAUGCCCUGGCUGAGGUUCUGGAACCGGAAUGUCACGCAGAUACCACAACUACCCGCUGAGAUUGCUGCAUACUUGAGCAACUUACCCCCGCUCCGAGAUGCGCCUGCCCGCCUGCAUCUCUUCACGGAUGGCUCCUUUGGCAAACUGCAGGGCAUAUCCAACGCCGGUUGGGCGGUGGUCACCGUGUUGGAGACAGUUGAUAGCGCGGGGCAACACCUCCACCUCGUCGGGUGGCAGGGGGGCUCCACCACGGAGUUCGCCAAACACGCCGUAGGGGCAGAUUUCUCGAGCUAUAGCGCGGAGGUACAGGCUGCCAUUGUGGCGUGUGCAUGGCUUGUCAGCGUCCCUCCUGCAUGCAGUGUCUGCGUUUGGACUGACAAUAGCUCGGUGUUUAAAAUAAUCAAUGGCACCGCCUCCCCUGCUGCCACCGUCGUCGGGCGGCUUAGUCUCCCGGAACGUUUGCGGUGCCUUGCUCAACUUGUCGGGGCUUGUGGACAUUCAUGGGAAGCGCGCUGGUUGCCUGGUCACAAAGGCAACCCUUUCAAUGAGCUUGCUGACAGAGUUGCCAAACACAAAGCCACUGAGGCCAGACCUGAAUCGUGUCUCCCACAUGCCUUCUGGACCAUCAUGAAAUCGCCUCUGCUACCGUGGAUAUGGAUGUUGCCAAACCAGCCUCAUGACCUUCCUGGGCUCGAAAGGCUUUGCAGCGGCCUCUAUGAGCCACCAGACCCUGUUCCAGAUGAGUGCUUCCCACGGAACCCGGUUGACCAGACCGUCCAACUCGGACAGGACAAGCAGGCGACCCUCGAGCUGCGCCUUGUCUCCUACAAUGCACUGUCCCUUCUUGACAGCCGCGACAUAGUGCUGCAACAAAUGGUCGACCGCAAGGCAAACAUUGUUGGUUUGCAAGAGACACGAUCUCGGACCGCGACACAAUGCAGAGGUAGACAUUUCUUUGAAUUCGCCUCAGCAGCCAAAGCGGGUGAAGGGGGAUGCUCCCUCUUCUUUUCCAAACACGUCCCAUAUGCCAAAUUGAAUGGGACUCCUCUCCAUUUCGUGGCAGAGCACUUCCGAUGUGUGCUGGCUGACCACAGAAGGAUUGCAGUCACCAUCACUGCACCGUGCUUGAGAGCCAUCUGCGUUGCAGCACACGCACCUCACUCAGGUACGCCUAGGGCUGAAAUAGAGAAAUGGUGGCAAGAGCUCCAAUCCGAUAUUGCCCCUUUGGCCAAGGGCAGAGAGUGCCUAUGCCUCUUUGAUGCCAAUGCGCAAGUUGGCACCGUCACUGACGAAGCCAUUGGGGAGCAUGCUGCAUCUGCAGAGACUGUUGCCGGAACCCUCUUCAGGGAAUGGCUCAAUGCCUUUGCCCUUUUUGCACCGGCCACCUUCUUCGAUAAGGACGGCGCGUGUGUGCCAAGCUGCUGCGAGCCCACCUGGACAUCGCAUAAAGGCAGCAAGCACAGGAUUGACUACAUUGCCGUCCCCAGAAGCUGGCAGGACACCGCCCUCCGCCCUGAAGUCCUGGUCGAUUUUACCACAACAACAGUAGACCACUGGCCGGUGCAACUUGAUUGCAGACAAUACCUCGGCACUCGGCAGAGGCUCCCAGCCAAAAACAAGGUCGGACUGCCGAGUGACGCCGACCUUGUUGACGAGGCACCUAAACAUGCCCUCCUGCAAGCUGUCCUGAACCUCCCAUGUGCCGCGUGGGAGGCCAACAUCCAUAAGCACACCCAGUCGCUAUACGAUGCCAUAGCCAUCGCGGCGCAGGAGGCCAAAAGGCUCUUCCCCAAAGAGAGAAAAUGCAGACCAUUCCUCUCCCCGCUCUCCCGCUUCUGGCUGGAAUGUGAAAGAGCCCUUGGCAAGGCCUGUCGCACCUUAGAUCGCCUCAAUAUCAGGUGCACCCUGGGGACUAUCUUCCGGGCAUGGAAGCGCGUGGCUCCCUUCCGCACCAGGGAAGGCUGGUCUUUGGCACAAGUCCAACAGAGGCGACAAAGGGCUAUUUGCCUGCGCAAACAUGCGCAGCGCAAACUUAAGCACAGCGUAGUCCAGGACAAGGCUGCCUUCAUCAACUGGAGGUUCGCUGGCAUCCAUACAGCCGCGCAGCCUUUCGACGCCAAGGCCUUCUUCAAAGCCAUUGCAUCACUGCGCCCCCGUUCCAAGCGUGUCAGGAAGCCUUUCCAACCUUUGAUCGUCGACCCGAGUGCUGCCGAGGACGGAUCAAUUGAGCUGGCGCAGGCACAGGCGUCACACUUUGCUGCCCUGGAAGGAGGCACCCCCAUCACCCCACAGGCCUACGUGCACGAUGCGAACGCACGCUACGCAGCUCGAGUGACCGAGGGGCAUUUCGAGCUAAGAGACCUCCCCACCCUUGUCGGGCUCGAGAGAGCGCUCCGUGGCGCCAAAAAUGGGAAAGCACCGGGCCCGAAUGCCAUUCCGGAGUGGGUCUGGAAACUAGAUGUGCCGGCGGCUGCUCGUGCUCUUUAUCCCAUUUACUUGAAAACGCACAUCCGCCUUUGCGAACCAGUGCAGUUCAAAUCAACAUGCCUCAUCGCCAUGUUUAAGGGCAAAGGCGCGCUCACCUGCGUUGCAAACUUCCGUGCAAUUGCCCUAAUGGAUGGCCCUGGCAAGCACCUCAGGAAGGGGAUCCGCCAAGACCUGAUCAAUGCCCUACCGGACAAUGAUCUCUUGCAAGGUGGGAUCCCAGGGUCGCUCCUACAGGCCGCGCACCACGUUGUCCGUGCCUACACUUCCCUUGCAGCGCAUGCACAAAUCUCCUCCGCGGUCCUUUUCCUGGACGUUGCGUCCGCCUACUACCGUGUGCUGCGCCAAUCCUUCUGGGAACACGAAUUGGAGGACGACGUGGCACUAUGUGAGCUUCUACGGCGCUUGAACGUGGCCCCUGAGUCGGUGCAUGAAGUAUGCAGCUGGAUUUCCAGCACAAACUUGUUGCAGCAAGCCCCGGCCCAUACCUCCCGCAUUAUCCGGGAGUUUCUGGCCGGCACGUUCUUUCAUAUGAGAGGCGCACCAGGAGUUACCUCCACAGCGGCCGGGACCAGACCCGGCGAUUCAGUCGCUGAUUUACUUUUCGCCCUUGUCCAAGCCGAUUUUUUGCGCGACGCACAGAAUCGACUUGAGUGCGACGGCCUGCUGGAAGACCCAGUCCAGCAGCGUGCCAACCUAGGGGGCCGACUCGUCUCGCCAGUCUGGGCCGACGACACCGCGAUGAUGUUUGCGGACGCAGACGCUACCCGCCUCCUGCCCCGGAUGCAAGCGGCACUGGCGCACAUUCAUGCUGGCUUCAUCCAGAGAGGCAUGCAACCCAAUUACAACCGUGGGAAGACGGAGCUAAUGAUGGCCUUCAGAGGCAGGGGUGCUCCGGCCAUGCGCAGGCGCAUACAUGUAUGGAAUGGGGGCAUCAUCCACUUUCAGGACCACCACCGCCAUAGUGUACCAGUCUGCUGUGUGAGGUCGUAUCAGCACUUGGGGGGUCGGGUUGAGGACAAAGUCACAGUGCUGAACGAUGUUGUGCAGCAUCUGGCAUCAGGCAUGCGUCAGGUCCGUCCGUUGGCCCGGCCAUUCUUGCGGAACCCACGGAUCCCGCUUGCGUCCAGACGACUGUGUCUGCAAUCCCUGGCCCUCUCCGCUGCCAGCUGCACAUCUGCUACGUGGGACAGGAUGACGCGACAGGAAAGCGACACCUGGCGCAGAGGCUAUGUGGCGCUCCAUAGGCUUUUAGCCAAGGAUGACCGCUGGACGGGGGCCCCCUCCCUUCCGAAUGAAGAGACGGUCUGCCGUUUCUUCCAAUCCCCUUCCCCCUGCGCCUUCCUCAGGGGACAAAGGCUGCUGCACUUUGGACGCUGCAUGCCGGCACAGGAGACAUUGUUUGCCCUCCUCAAGGCGGACUUCGAGUUCGGCGCCGUUUCCUGGUUGGGACUUCUCCAAGAGGAUGCUGCCUGGCUGGCACAGCUCACGAAGGUCCCCUCCGCCAUCCUGCAGGAUUUUCCUACAGGGCUACUCCGCUGGGCGGUUGAAGCGCCCGCCGCGCUGCGCACUGCGGUCCGGAAGGCGCUGGCUGCAGUACACAGGGAUGAGCAUGAACCUGCUUGGCGCGCCCCGAAGCAGCACUCUGCGGAAGGACCAGCCAACUUCCAGUGCUCUCUUUGCCACCGCUCCUUCGCGUCACAGCAGCGGCUCUCUGCACACUGCUUUGCUCAACAUAAGAUACGCUGUGAGGCGGCGCAGAGAGUAUCGGGUAGCACCUGUCCGGUGUGUUACACACAGUUUUGGACACAUGGCAGGCUAUGCCGUCAUCUGCAGCAUGAUAGCCUGACCUGCUUGGCCAGGAUCGUAGAGCACGACUACCGCUCCCCCGGUAUCGGUUCUCCUCCGAAGCCUGACCCUUGCCAGACCCUCCCGGCGGUGCGGUUGAUUGGACCGCCCCUUCCGCUGGCACAGCCUAUUGCAGAGCUAGCUGUGCAAAUUGUGGAAGACCCUGAUUUCGCGGAGCGAAUCAGGCAAGGCUGGCAUUCCCCGGCCGUGGCACGUUGGCUUGAGGCCACGGAGUCCACGGAUUAA